AUGGACUCGCAAGACAAUAUCACUACUCCCGCCGCCCAGGCCUCAGAAGACAAGGGUGAACAGCCUGCGCCGGGUGAAUCAAAGGACGGCGCCUCCAAGGACCCUGGCUGCAAAAAGCCGCCCAGCACACACUCUGACUCAGCUGAAGGCAGUCCUGCACCAGAUACAGAUCAAGUAAAGUCGGCCAUACCGGUGCAGAAGCGACGGCGAGUCACAAGAGCAUGUGACGAAUGCCGCCGUAAAAAAAUCAAAUGUGAUGGCAAACAGCCAUGUACUCACUGCACCGUAUACAGCUACGCUUGUACGUAUGACCAGCCAUCAAACAGGAGAAGAAACCCUGCGCCACAGUACAUUGAGGCACUAGAAGCUCGAUUGCAAAGGGCAGAGGCCUUGUUGCGCGCAGUGCUUCCAGAGGUCGAUUUAGACGAUUCAUCGAUUGAUACUAAUAAGGUUGAUGAUUUCAUUUCUACCAUCAAGAAGAAGCGCAAGAAUGAAGUGAAGACUGAGCCCGACACAAAGGAGCUGAGUACCUCUUCUGAGCAUUGCGAUGAGUCUCUUCUGGAGUCAAUGGUAGAGAAUACUGGUUCUCUAGACCUGGAUGACCAGGGUCACUGGGAUUAUCACGGUCAGUCUUCUGGUCUCAUGUUCGUCCGCCACCUGCGGAAACAGUUCGGAGGUCUUGUACCCGAGCGGGCUCCGUCCAAAUUCCAGCAGAUUUCUCAGAUCUUGGAAGGCGCGAAGUCAUCAUCAGAUUCCCCAAUCGAUACAUAUAUGUCUUUGGCUCAUGACUUGCCCCCGCGAGACAUCGCACGGAACCUUUGUGACAAUGCUCUCGAUGAAGCGUGUAUUGUGCUACGGUUCAUGCACAAACCUACUUUCAAUUCCAUGUUCAAUCGAAUAUACGAUAUUCCUGCUGAGAAAUAUACAAAUAAGGAGAACACAUUUUUGCCAUUACUGUAUCUUGCACUUGCUGUUGGUUGCCUGUUUCGAGGUGUGGGUGAUUGUACUCUAGAUAAAUCCGGGUAUGAACCUGCAGUGGACCAGGGCUUCCAAUACUUCAAGGCAGGGAGACUGCUUCUCGAUAUCACGGAAUGCCGUGAUCUCACAUCCCUACAAGCUAUUUGUUUUAUGAUUCUAUUUCUUCAAUCAUCCGCUAACGUUAGCACUUGCUAUUCGUAUAUUGGCAUUGCGCUCCGGGCAUCACUUCGCCUCGGCCUACAUCGUUCCGUGUCAGCGAACUUCAGCCCAGUAGAAUUGGAAACGCGCAAGCGUGUAUUUUGGGUUGUCCGCAGUAUGGAUGUCCAUGUUAGCACCAUUCUUGGUCUUCCAUGGAUGCUCAGCGCAGACGAUAUUGAUCAAGAGCUGCCCCUGGGAAUUGAAGAUGAAUACAUCGCCCCAGAGGGUAUCUUGCCCGUACCGUCAGGCUCCGUCUCCUUGAUGGCUGGAGUAAACGCACAUAUACGACUGUCUCAAAUUCUAUUGAAGGUGACGAAGUAUAUAUAUCCUGUAAAGGCGGCCAAUCUGAGCUCCGGUCAUACAUACAUGGUCAGCCACUCUAAAAUCCGCGAGAUUGAGCGGGAUCUCCAACUAUGGAAGGAAGAUCUUCCCGAGGCAUUUAAACCUGGCGGCGACGCACCCCCCAACGUCGACAGACUGAGACAGCUGCUACGAAUCAGCUACGCGCACGUGCAGAUGGUAAUGUAUCGACCGUUUUUACACUAUGUUAGCGGAGGUUCUCAAGAUCGUGGGAUUGAUAAACGUUCGUAUGCUUGCGCUGCAGCAUGUGUAAGUGUGGCGAGAAACGUGGUCCAUAUCACAGCAGAAAUGAAGAAGAAACAGCUUCUGAACGGCUCGUAUUGGUUCACCAUGUAUACGACCUAUUUUGCCAUUCUCUCCUUGCUAUUUUUUAUUCUGGAGAACCCAGACUCAGCAACUGCCAAGGACGGCAUCUUGAAGGAUGCACUUGAAGGCAAAAACACACUGGCAGGCCUUGCGAAGAGAAGCAUGGCGGCAGAUAGGUGUACUCAAAGUCUUAAUUCUAUAUUCAAGCACUUACCAGAGCGGCUACGCAAUCGUCGUGGAAACGUACCGGCCCCUGUAAACAGGAAACGCCCUCAGCCGACGCCCUCUCACUCCGUUUCAAUGCCACUUCCAACUGGAACGCGUACGCCUCCAGGAAUGUUGAAGGAUAAUGAUGGAAUCCCACCAGAUGCAGUAAAACGAUCACAUACCUUUCCAACCCAGAUGACAGCCGGUUCAAUCUUGGCACCACAGCAAAAAGCUCCUCAGAGCAACGGAGCUACUGUAAAUGGAGGUCAUGGCGCGCCGCCGCUCUCGGGUUUGAGUCAAUCUCCAACAAUGAUGUCGCAGGCUACGUCAACGUUAGCUUCGAUUUCAGACAUGGAUGCCACCCAGAUAUCCAGCCCAUCAUCACCAAUGUCCGUUUCACAACAAUACCAUUCAACACCCCUGAAACACCCACAUUCGUUUUCUCCGCCGUUUGAUAACCCCAGCCGUCUUCCGGACCUCAUGCCAAUGAUGUUUCCUUCAGAUGACCCGUUUGCAUAUCCAAACCAGCCUCUGUCAACGCUGGAAGACGGAGCAUUCAAGCAGGAAUCCAUGGACAUCUCGAGACCAUUUCCAUACCGGCCGGGUCCGCAGCAAAUAUCCACGGCCAUGGACGCCGGCACUCCAACUCGCACAACGGCGUCUUCACCCGCAAACUUCAUCAACAACCCCAACUUCUCCACCUUCUCCAACCCCGACCCGUCGACCGCCCUCGCAGGCAUGAACCCACGCACAAAGGGCCUGGGGAGGUAUCUCACCCACCACGCACGCAAAGCGUCCGAGUCCACGACCGCCGACCCCACGAGCCCCGGGUACAUGGAGAACCCGGACCUCGUGACGAUGCCGGGGCAGGCGUUCCUGUGGCAAAGCCUGGCCACGCAGGACGGCACCGGAGGCAAUUUCUUCCCCAACGCGGCCGUGCCCGAGGAUUCGUUCCAGGACAUCAUGGGCGAUAUGAACCUGCCCAUGGACAUGGGUGGUCUGCCUGGGUUCGGCGGGCUGGGUAUGGACAUGGGGCUGGACGCGCCGACGACGGCCACGGCGACGACGACGACGGGUAUGGAUUAUGAGCACGGGUUCGAGAGUGCGGGGGUGGACGGCGCAUCGUCGAGUAUGAACCCCGAAUGGACGCAAUGGACGGCAUGGAAUAUGGGAGCUUAG